AUGAGCAAUUGCUUCGAAUUACAAAAGAAUAAACUCAUCUGGAAUGGCGACUUAAGCGAAUUAAAGUCUUACGUCGCAGAAACGUUAAAUAUAAACGGUAAAUGGAAGUCACCAUCUGGGGGACGCUGGUUAUUUACUAGCGAUGCUUUGUCUAUAACCUGGUAUUGUAAAAGCAAGACUGUCUUAUUUCAAGGUCCUCGUGGCAGCGAGGUGGCUGACUCUUUGAAGAGAAAUAUCGAUGCAUCGCGAACCGUAAUAGUGAAAAAUGCCGAGCUAAACAUUGCUACCCCUGCUGCUUCCGAAAGACGGAAUGAGUCUAUCGAUAACCAGUAUCGUCUCAGUUUUAACAAUUCUAACUCGAGCAUGUUUGAUAGAUCUAGCAAUACCACAACAACUAUCAACCGAAGCGACUCGGAUACUAGCGAAGGAAAAGCAAAUGGGCAAGAA